UCAAUCUCUUCGAUCGAUGAACACGACUCCGUUCUCCGAUAAACAGAUAAUGGAUCUAAUGAACGACACCAAUUCAAACGACGGCGAUCAUCAGAGAUCGCGUGUCGGCGGCGAUAAUGGUUUGGACUCGAAGAAGGAAGCGAUGGUCCCAAGCUACGAUUUUCAGCCUAUUCGACCUAAUUCCACCGUCGGAUUGUCACACUCCGCUUUAGAUCUCGCCGGAUCUGUCAAUUCCCCGGCGGCUAGGGUUUGGGCGGCGGCGUCUGAUUUACAUCCCGUUUCCUCAUCCGCAAGACAGAGUUAUGGUUCUCUUGACUCUAUUGAGCCAUCGAAGUUGUUUGCUGAGAAGGAACGGAUUAAUACUGAGACAUCAAUUAUAUCUGAGAUUGAUAAAGCGAUGAAGAAACAUACUGAUAACUUGCUGCAUGUCAUGGAAGGUGUUAGUGCGCGUUUAACACAGCUGGAGAGCAGAACCCGGAAUCUUGAGAAUCUGGUGGAUGAUGUGAAAGUUUCUGUUGGGAAUAGUCAUGGAAACACUGAUGGGAAGAUGAGACAGCUUGAGAACAUCAUGUUAGAGGUGCAAAGCGGUGUACUCUUGUUGAAGGACAAACAAGAGAUACUUGAAGCUCAGCUUCAGCUUUCAAAGCUUCAGGUAUCAAAGGUAGACCAGCAUUCCGAUAAGCACUCUACACAUGUUGAACCCACUGCUCAACCUCCAGCAGCACUGCCUCAGCCACCAGCUUCUGCUGCAGCUCCCCCUUCUCUUACUCAGCAGAGCCUCCCACCUCAACAAUUUAUCCAACAGCACACUCUCCCUGCACCUUCAUCACAGCUGCCUCAGCUUCCCAGCCAGUUUCCUCCCCAACAGGAGCCUUAUUUCCCUCAGCCUCCUCAGUCCCAGCCACCUCCAACGAACCUUCCUCCUUAUCAACCUCCACCUCCUCCUCAAAACCAGUCACUUCAUCAACCCCCUUACCAGCCACCUCCUCAACAGCCACAGUACCCCCAACAGCAACCGUCGUCAGGCUACAACCCAGAGGAGCCACCUUACCCUGUGCAAUCUUACUCGUCAAACCCUCCUCGUCAACCACCUUCUCAGCAACCUCCUGCUCCCGCCCCAUCUCAACAGUACUACAGUGGUCCUCCAACGCCACCAUCUAUGUACGAUGGACCAGGUGGUAGAUCCAGCUCAGGUUUCCCUUCAGGGUACUCUCCUGAACCUUACCCCUAUUCCACGCCACCCUCUUCACAGUUUGGAAACAACCAGUCCCUGAAACCAUCACAUCAGAGUGGAGGAGGAGGCGGAUCUGGUUAUCCGCAAAUCCCUAUGGCUCGCCCACUGCCACAAGCUUUACCAAUGGCUACAGCUAUCAGCAGCGGUGGAAGUGGCGGCGGCUCCGGUUCACCAAGAUCCGGAAGUAAUGUCCCAGUGGACGAUGUGAUAGACAAAGUGAGUAGCAUGGGGUUCCCAAGAGACCAAGUGAGAGGAACAGUGAGGUCAUUGACUGAGAACGGUCAAGCCGUGGACCUCAAUACUGUUCUAGACAAGCUGAUGAAUGGAGGUGUGAUGCAACAGCAGCAGCAGCAGCAACCGCCAAGAGGUUGGUUUGGUGGUCGUUAGCUGUGUGUGUCUCCCAUGACAUUUUGUAUAGUCUCUCAUCUCCCAUGUCGGAUCUCUUCUUUCGAGCACAUCUUUCAAAUUUACAUUGGUGUUUCAUUUGUGAUUUUACUAUUUCCUCAAAACCUUUUUCUAUGUGUUUGAAACUUUCGCUUCAGAAUUUCAUUUUAACUUUUGUGUUCCAUUUGUGUAUCUGACACUUAUCGAAAUGGCGGAGUCACCAUAUAUUUACAAGUUUACAACAAAGUCGCUUGUGUCUAUUGGAACAAUCUUGUAGACAGGUGAAAAUUACAUACCAUAAGAAACA